AACCAUUAGCAAGCUGGCAUCUCCACAGAAAGAAAAAGGGUGAAAUAUAUUUAAAAAGGAAGAAAAGGAAAAACAGAAGCGGCUCGAAAGCGUCAAGCUAGACAUAGGAGUCAGGUCCCGGAGGCGGCUUCCACCUAUCCCCUACGGCGGCGGCGGCGGCGUCUACGGUGGCCACGUCGGAGGGCGGAUCGGCGGAGGCAGAGAUGGCGUCCGUGGUCGCAGCGGAGGGCGCGGCGGCGGCACUCCGGUCUGUGCUGUCGCGCGCGCAGCAGGCGGCGGCGCGGGCGGGGCGCGCGCCGGGGUCCGUACGCGUGGUGGCAGUGAGCAAAACGAAGCCGGUUUCCGUCAUCCGUGGCGUCUACGACGCGGGCCACCGCUGCUUCGGCGAGAACUACGUCCAGGAGCUCAUCGACAAGGCGCCCCAGCUUCCUGAGGAUAUUGAAUGGCACUUCAUUGGGAACCUGCAAAGCAACAAAGUCAGAGCCCUACUUGCUGGCGUGCCGAAUCUUGAUAUGGUUGAGAGCGUAGAUGACGAGAAGAUUGCUAACCGUCUUGAUCGAGUGGUAGCUGACUUGGGGAGAAAUCCUCUUAAGGUUUUGGUCCAAGUCAACACUAGUGGAGAAGAAUCAAAAUAUGGAGUAGAUCCCUCGGGAUGUGUCAAAUUAGCCAAGCAUGUCAAAUUGAACUGCCCGAAUCUUGUGUUGUCUGGUUUGAUGACAAUUGGGAUGCUCGAUUACUCCUCAACUCCAGAAAAUUUCAAGACACUGGCUAAUUGCCGGAAAGAUGUAUGCAAAGAGCUUGAAAUUCCAGAAGAGCAGUGCGAGUUGUCUAUGGGCAUGUCUGCUGAUUUUGAGCAAGCGAUUGAAAUGGGAAGCACAAAUGUUAGAGUUGGAUCAACCAUAUUUGGUGCAAGAGAAUACCCAAAGAAGAACUAGAUAAGAUGCUUAUACAUUCAGGUCGUUGUUGUGACAUGCAUGCAAACUUGCACAGAACAUGUAGGACUCCACUCCAACAGUUCUGUAACCGUUUCCUUCAGCAGAAAAUGUUUUAAUACUUCAUACCGUGUGCAACUAAUAAAAGGUAUUGUUUUGCUAUUGUGCCUCCUUGAGUUAAUAAAACAUGAAUUCCAAUC